AAUUUGUCCCGGAAGCGACAAACAUGCUGAACUACUCGGAAGUGUUAACAGAAACAUGGUGGCUACCAGGAGUGGGGCACGCGUGUGUUCCUCAAAUACAGCUGAAGCCGAUGAAACGCAAAAGAAUAUGGAUGCCACCCCUUCGGGAAAUGGAAGGAGAAGGAGGAGAGCUGCGCAAGGGGGCACCAGCGCACAGUCCGAAGUAUUGAGCGCUUCUCAGGAUGAUGAGGAGGUGCCCCCCGGCUCUCUGUUGCGCAGCUCUGCCACGAGGAGGGACACCAAAACGGCACAACGCCAGGACCACAAUGCCCCCCAGCUGGACUCCACCCACGAGGCUGACGUGUCCGAGUCAGAAUCCUGCUGUUCAGAGAUGUCGGAUCGACAGAACCCUCCUGAAGGCCGGGUAACCCGGAGCCGAAGGAGGCGCACCUCACCCCGGCAGACCACCCGCCCGAGGAGAGAUGGAGACGCGGUGUCUGAGGCGGACUCUGUGUCUUCGUCAGUAUCAGCCACCCGGGAGCCAAGGACUCAAAGAGUCACUAGGAGCCAGAGGAAGAGUGCUAUGGCAAGCCGGUCUGCCAAACAGCACACGGAGGAGCACGAGUCCGAGCCAGACUCCUGCUCCUCCAACGUCUCUGGCCUUCAGAGUACCGUUGUCCGUCGUACGACUAGGAACAGGAAGUUCAGAGCCAUUACGCCAAUUCCCAUGAGUCUCGGGAAUGAUGCCAACUCGGAUGUUCCUCCCACUGUGCAUUCAACCCGAGUUACCAGAGCUAAACAGGCUUCUACCAGUGAGACCGCAGCCUUCGACUCGGAAGGGUUUGAGUCUGGGCCAAGUAGAACUCCCAGGAAAUCCAGUCCAAACUGUGUGUCCACCAGGUCGCAGGGCCGUAUUUUGGCUUUACCUGAUUCAGGAUCUGAAUCGACUGAUGCGUGCAGUUCUCUUGCAAGCCGGAGAUCCACAAGAACGAGGGGCACCCCCUGCAGUAGCCGCACAGGGUCAGCCAACAGCAAUCGGGCUGUUUCAGUGCCGCAGGUCAGACGUGAGGCUUGUGGGUCGCUAGUGGAGGCACCAGAAGCUGUGGAUGUGGCCAAAUCGGUGCAUUUGGAGAACUCGCUGAUAAAGGCAAAUGAGCAGGAGAAGACGCUCACUGCUGAGGAUGUGGAUGGUUUGAGCUCUGAAAAGACUGUUGAAGCCCAGGUUUUACCAGAAGUAGCACCAGCCAAUAGUGACAAGGUGACUUUGCUUGAUAGUGCCACUGAAGAAAAGAAAGACAAUGAGGCAGAACUUUCAGACACAGCUGCUCUUACUGAGUCUUCACUUGUAAAGGCACAUCAAGAGGAAGAGGCGAAUAGCAUUGGGGGUGAUGUGGGCAUGAAAGAGGGAUAUCAAAUGCUUGAUGAUACCUCUUCCGUCGUAUUGAAUUUAUCAAAUCAGAGUGUUAAAUUGAUCUUAUCCGAGUCUGAUCAGAAGGCAGAGAAGGAAUCGGAAGACACUAAGAUUUUACUUGAGGAGCCUACAGAUAAUGGCGCAAAAGAGGCUGACCACCACAAAAUAGCAAAGAAACCUUGUUUGAUUCUGCUGGAUAGCAGUGAAGAUGAGGAUGACAGUGAGGAUGGGCGUUCAGGGCAGGAAAGCGAGUCAGAUGGUGACAAUAUGGACAGUGAUGGGGAAAACCAAAAUUCCUCUUCAAGUCAGAACCAGGCCGGUCCCUCAAAACGCGAGAUGCCCAUGCCAUGCAGUGGGCUGUUUGUCAUCGACACGCAGCCUGGUCUUGGAUUUGAUAAGUACUAUUUGGAUGAGGAACAGGAAAUGAAGGAAAAUGAGGUGGGAGAAGAUGAUAAUGAUAUGGAGGAAGACCAGGACGCAGAAGAAUUUGUUGAUGAAGAGGAGGACGACGACGAUUCCGAAUUGCUUUUUAAAAGCAAAAACAAAGCUUCGUUUGAGCUGUCCAGCAGCAUUGACCCAGGUCUCAAAGUAAAGGAGUAUGGUGGAUUAUACAUAAAUUUUGAUGGCAAAAAAUCAAAAGGUGUGUCCGAUAGUUUGAAAAAACUGAAAGAACAGAAAAAUCAAGAUGAGCUUUUGAAGAAGAGUGUGAUUGGCCCUGAUUUUGAAAAGAGAGACGCUAUACCGCCCUACAAGGAGUCGCAGAAGAAACUGAAAGUGAAGCGCAGGGAGGAGAGAGAGAAGACAACCGGAGAUGGCUGGUUUAACAUGAAGGCCCCCGAGUUAACAGAGGAGUUAAAGCAUGACCUGAGAGCGCUGAAGAUGCGGUCGGCGAUGGACCCCAAGAGGUUUUACAAGAAGAACGACCGGGAUGGCUUCCCCAAGUACCUGCAGGUUGGCACGGUCGUCGACAGUCCUGUGGACUUCUAUCACGCCCGCAUUCCCAAGAAGCAGCGGAAGAGGACCAUCGUGGAGGAGCUGCUGUCAGACGCAGAGUUUAGGAGUUACAACAAGAAGAAAUACCGGGAGAUCAUGGCCGAAAAAGCUGCAAUGGCAUCCGGAAGGAAGAAGCACAGGAACUUAAAUAAGUCAAAUAAAAAGAAGGCGGGCAAACCGCUUUAAGUGUGACUUGCAUCUGGAAUGAGCCGGGCCGUCUCACUGAAGGGCUGCUGGAGUAAUGAAUGCUGAUGACUGACGUGUGCGAUCCAACAUUUUCAGUCUGAACAGUGCAUGCAGACUUAGAUGAAGUCAGAAUAAUCUAUUCCUUUUUUAUAUAUCCUACUCUGCCCCCCGCUGGACAAAGCACGCAAUAAUUUGUAAACCGAACCAGAACAAAACAGGACUCAAUUUUGUACACUUUGUACAUUUCUUGUAAGGCGAAUAGUAGAUGAUUUCUGAAGAUAGUGCGACUCUGUCUUGUUUGAAUGGGAUAAUGGUGGACACUGCCUUUGAAACAGACUCAAUUUUAACUAGUUAUGUGAAAGAAUCUAAACAAACUACAUCCUGGGACCUUUUACAUCCCUCUUCCAUGAGGUGGCGCUGCUGUGAAAUGUCAUUGACAAUGUUCUGAGUUAAAGUAGUGCUCUGUCUCCUGCUCACCCCCAGCAGAACAAUAAACAGUCCUGGCCUGCA